UAAAACGUCUUCGACGACUUGGGGGACUUGGCAUUUAUCGGUUUUACGAGGGUCUACACCAAAAGAAGGCUUCUACAAACUAAGUAUCGCAGAAGGACUACACACCCAUUGGUGGGACAGGUUAAAAUAUUUUACUCUGGCCCAAAUCAUUUUACUCUAUCCUAAUAUCUCCUCGUCGACACUACAACGAUGUCAACCAGCGUAUCAUCAGUUGCCUCCAUGCGAUUACCAGAGAUUCAGCAUCCCUUAACAAAGCUUGGGAAUUUAGAAAUGUUAUCACUUACUGGCUGCUCCACCGAUCGCAAUGGGAAUCAAAAUAGUUCGACACGCCGCGGCCGACCAAUGUUCGAAGAGGAGAAAAGUCUGGAUUCUGCGUUACGAAGUCAAUCGUCGAAAUGUCUCCAAAGUCUUCGUGAGGAGAAAGCAAAACGAGCUGACAGUUUCACUGUGCCUCCAAGGAUUCCCAAGCAAGUGGAGGUGAUCUUAGCCCCUGAUAGACACACGCCAAGGUUGCCCAUCUUUGGUCAGAGGGUGGCGCCAGAGAGCCGCGCAAACAGCCGUGUUAGCGAAGCCAUCAGUACCACGAGCAGCUCAUCCUGUCCCGGAGGCCAGUUGAGGAUACAGGUUGAUCAGCUAGAGCACAAACUCAGACAGAGGACACAGGCUGCAGGAUCCGUCAGCCUUAAGAACAUGUUCAAGAGCAACAAUCCAGAGGGCAAAGCCGCAGUCAACAGGGAUGUGUUGCUUAUGGUGCUAACCAAGUUCCUGGGGACGUUCAUCUCAGUUAAGCAGUUCAGAGAGUUGCUUCUAAGGCUGCACCUCUCUGAGAAGGCUGUGAUUGGCUUCGAUGAGCUGUGCAGUGCCGUCCGAGAGCCGGUGCUCACUGACCCAGCCGCUUGGCUGUCCCCGGCUCGGCCUACCAACCCAGGGGCUCUGCUGCGGGCGUCCCAGGCCCUCUCCCUCCUCCGGGGCCCAGCCAGAACCAGGUUUCUGGAGGCUGUGGAAUAUCUCCCUAUCCAAGAGCCAAAGGGUCCGGGCUGGAUGGUCGCUGCAGAACUGAAAAGCAUUCUGGGACAGCUUGAGAUACACAUGCAGGAGUCAGAGUUUGACAAGUUGUGGAAGAGGUUUGAUAUUGACGCACUAGGAGCUGUGAGGCUUAAGGUUUUACUUAAGAAACUUGGACUUUGUAAAAGAAAGAGACUGGACACCAUUGAUGAUAACAUUCCGAAAAGCACAAUACCAUCCCCAAAUGAAGAUUUGAAAACCACAGUGCGGCCCAGGACCCUAUCCAAGGCUGAAGAGGACCGCCAUUUUUCCAUCACCAUGGAAACCUGGCUCAAGGACAGGUUCAGGGAAGGUGUUCAGAAAAUGAAGGUGGAGUUUGAACGACUGGACCCUGAGCAUUCUGGGAAGGUGGGAGGGGAGGAGUUUCUGCAGGUGCUGAGGGGGUUUGAUCUGCGUCUGAAGCGCGAGCAUCUGGGUCUCUUCCUGGCCCGCUGUGGCAUGGAGCUGCGCAAGGACGGCAUCGACUACCCACAAUUCCUGCUCCGCUUCCUGGAUCGCAGCCAAGACGGCCUCACACACAGCAUCCUCUCCAACCCUAAGCACAGGUUUCAUCAGGCAGAGAACAUCAGCCAUGCUUCCUCCAUUACAGCUGUGGAGGCCAAACUGACUCAGCUGUUCCAGUCUGAGUACCUGUCCCUCCUGCAGACUUUCCAGAGCAUUGACAAAUUUAACAAGAGGACUAUUAGCCAGGAGGAAUUCAGAGCUGCAGUUGAGAGCAGGUUUGGCCUGGAGAUUUCCGAGGCCGAGUUUGAACAGCUGCUGGACAGGCUGCCUCUGGACGCCCACGGAAGCGUGCAGUACUCCAUCUUCAUGGCCGCCUUCGAGACUUCGAGACUUCGAGACUUCGAGACUUCGAGCCGAGGAGCUCCCAGUCUUUUCCAGACUCAGUUCGCUAAGGAUUGUGGGAAUGGCGAUGGUCUCAUGGAGGAGGGGGCUCGGAGCGUGGGAGAGGACAGAGGGAUGCCAGCACAGCGUUGGAGUGUCAGUCAGCUCUUUCACAUCAUCAAGCGGCUGGUGACAGAGCAGUAUCAGGCCGUGGAGAGGGUGUUCCAUGAGCUGGAUGAGAAAAACACCAGACGCCUGACGCAGGAGACCAUGUAUCAGCUUCUCAAGAGGUUCCUGGUCCACCCUGAGGUGAGUCGCGGGCAGAUCAGGCAGCUCUGGGCCAGCCUCAUCACGCAGCAGGACGGCACCCUGGACUUCUUGCAGUUCGCCCGCCACUUUGGCCCCUCUCUCAAGUCCUCUCGCUUCCCCAACGCCAAGCGCUGCCCACCUCAGCGCGGAGACGAGAACCUGCGCCAGCGCUCCAAACGCCUCACUUGCCUGUCUGACAUACUGGUUGACGCUGUACAUGCCAAGGUGGAACAUUCAUUUCAUGAUCUGCAGAUGGAGUUUGAGGAGAUGGACCCGUACCGCACUGGCUUUGUGAGUCCAGAGGAAUUUAAGGAAGUUCUGUUGAUGCUCUGCUCUCAGCUUGAUGAAUACGAGUGUGACGUCCUCGCUAGGAAGUUUGACAUCAACAGAGAUGGAAGGGUCUCCUACAGUGAGUUUCUGAGGCCCUUUGCUGGACAGAAGCAGGCAUGGAGGAAUGGAUCCAACAUGGCUGCAAUCUUGCAAUCGCACAGAGAGAAUGGGGAUUUGACUCAGGGGAAGGACACCUCCAAAUUAGGAUCCCUGAAUGUUAGGCUCAAGAAGAAGCUCCAGAGGAAGCGGCAAGCCCUGCGCCGUGCCUUUCUCCAGCUGGACGUGUCCCGCUGUGGCCUGCUGUCCGUGCCAGAGCUGCGGGCCGUCCUGAUGCUCUGUGGGGUCUCACUGGAUCAGGAGGACCUCUAUCAGAUCCUCUCCCUCCUGGACCAGGACCUUGGAGGGCACGUGGACUACCGUUCGCUUCUACAGGAGAUCAGCAAACCACCACAGCAAAGAGACCAAUGAAAGUGCUUCAGUUAUCCUAUUCAUCUGUGGUUCAUUGUAUAAAACACCACUAUGCGAGAACUUUUUUUUUUUGUAGCAGCUUUGUUUUUUGCAUUACUAAACAAAACUGCAGCGUUGGAGUAGGCUAUCUUAAUCCUGUGCAUCACUAAACAAAACUGCAGCGUUGGAGUAGGCUAUCUUAAUCCUGUGCAUUACUAAACAAAACUGCAGCGUUGGAGUAGGCCUUAAUCCUGUGCAUUACUAAACAAAACUGCAGCGUUGGAGUAGGCUAUCUUAAUCCUGUGCAUUACUAAACAAAACUGCAGCGUUGGAGUAGGCCUUAAUCCUGUGCAAGCAAAGUCCUUAUAGUACCUCAUAACGUCUCGGGUGCAAAUCAGUAGUAGUAGUGUUGUUAUCAUAUUCUGGGAUGUCGUCGCAGAACAGUAAGCAUUGAUAGCAAAAAUAAUGAGUAAAUUUAACAUAUCAUGGUUGAUUUGGUGAUGCUAGCUUUUGAAGUAGAAACUUCAGGCCCUGGGGUCACUAUCAACCAGUAAGUAUGGAUACAGUAUGUCAGUAAUCAUAAUACGCAGCAGUGUUAUAUUAGGUUACUACACAGACUUCCUGUAUCUUUGGGCUUCUAUCUUUUGUUACAGUAAUAUGCUGUUUCCUAUUUUUGUAAUAAUGACAGUUUCUGGCAAAAUGUAUCAGUAACAUAACUAUUGUGUGGUGUAACUAUAGUCUAACUAUAUAGAAGAUUUUGCAAGAAACCGCAACAAAAGAGUACUAUGAAAUUGAACAAAACUUCUACAGCUGAUUUGGCAACUGGCGAACUGGUGAAUUUAUUCAUCCUUGUCGACGCAUAUGGCCCAAGAUGUUUCCAUUGCUUUGAGUAAAUGAUAUUAAUAGAAAUUAUAAGCUUAGGUUGGUAAUAUAAA